ACUCAAUUUCCAAAGACCUUUGCAUAUUCCAUUCUUUUUUCUUCUUCACUGGUUUGACGCCACCACUAGCAAAAUGUCUUCAUCUGAACAAAAUGGCUCCUCAGAGCUCACCCUGACCAUGCUGGGCUGCGGCACCAUGGGCAUCGCCAUUCUCGGCGGCAUCCUGUCUUCCCUCCGUGAGAUGCAAGCGUCCGGGACCCAAGCCUCUUCAUCAACCGACGAAAUCCCCAGCCGUCUCCCCUCCCGCUUCAUCGCCUGCGUCAGGAGGCCCGAGAGCGCACAGAAGAUCAAAGCAGCCCUGGGCGACCACCUCGACCGCCUCGAGGUAGUCCAGAACGCCAACCUCGCCUCCGUGCAGCGAUCCGAGAUCGUCAUCCUCGGCUGCAAGCCCUACAUGGCCAAGGACGUCCUGACCGCGCCGGGCAUGGCCGACGCCCUCCGCGGCAAGCUCCUCAUCAGCAUCUGCGCCGGCCUGACCGAGGCCCAGCUGGACGAGAUGCUCCACCACGGCAACGGCGGCACAGUCCCCACCACGACGACGACGACGCCCGGAGAAGACGACGGCCGGUGCCGCGUCGUGCGCGCCAUGCCCAACACCGCCUCCCUCAUCCGCCAGUCCAUGACCGUCAUCAACACCUCCACCCCGCCGCUCCCGCCCCAGCUCGCCAGCCUCGUCACCUGGAUCUUCCAGCGGAUAGGCGCCGUCGUCUACCUGCCCCCCACCAACAUGGACGCCUCCACCGCCCUCUGCGGCUCCGGCCCCGCCUUCUUCGCCCUCAUGCUCGAGGCCGCCAUCGAUGGCGCCGUGGCCAUGGGCAUCCCCAGGGCGGAAGCGCAGAAAAUGGCCGCCCAGACCAUGCGCGGCGCCGCCGACUUGGUUCUCAGCGGAGAGCACCCGGCCAUCCUCCGUGACAAGGUCACCACCCCCGGCGGUUGCACCAUUGGAGGGCUCUUGGUCCUCGAGGAAGGUCGCGUCAGGGGCACGGUGGCGCGAGCCGUCCGUGAGGCGACCGUCGUGGCCAGCCAGCUAGGCAAGGGUGUCCAGGGCGUCAACGGUACGCGUUUCCAGAUGCAGUGAGAGCCCACAGCCCGUACAUCAUCACGAAUUCAGCACAUUAGACGAUGACUUUUUUUUCUGCAGGACAUAUUAGCAUAGACGUCGAUAGAAUGAACAUAAAACAAAAAAAGUAAAAUAAAUAAAAUAAAAAGCAAUUUUCAAUUCUUUGUCUGAACAGCGUCAUGGGUCUCGACGCUCUUCACCCCAGAAACCGGAUGCACCCAACCCCCCUGACUCCAUUCCCCGCUCGUAGUACGAGCAAAAAAAGAAAAGAAAAAAAAAAGUAAAGCUAAAAUACCCCGAGAGUGC